AUGUCACAUUCCGAUAACGGGGUUCAUAAGCAUGAAGAUGGUGAAACAAUUACGGCUCCCGUUUGUAUGUGGCUGGAAGCCUUGGAUUUGGUUUUCCAACGACUUUCUAAGUUGGUCAAUUUGGCAGCUGUCAGAACAAUUUCCGGCUGUGGUCAGCAGCAUGGAACUGUUUAUUGGAACCAAAAAGCUACAUCACUUCUAUCAAACCUGAAUCCAUCGACGUCUUUACGGGAAUCUCUUCAGGAUGCGCUUGCAACAAUACAUUCGCCAAUUUGGAUGGAUUCAAGUACCACUGAAGAAUGUAGGCUAAUGGAGGAAAAUGUUGGUGGACCUAUGAAAUUAGCAACAUUAACCGGCUCAAGGGCCUUUCAUCGGUUCAGUGGCAGUCAAAUAAUGAAAUUCUACAGGAAGAAAAGAGAAAUUUUUGAAAAUACCGAGCGAAUAUCGUUAGUGUCAAGUUUUAUCGCUUGUGUUUUAUGCGGGGCUUUUGCUGAUGUCGACUUGGGUGAUGCCUGUGGAAUGAAUUUGUUGGAUGUUAGGAAAGGCGCUUGGAGUCGCGAAUGUCUCUUUGCAUGCGUUCAAGGAAAUGAGGAUGAUUAUGAAGCACUCCUGAAGAAGCUUGGAACACCAGUUCCAUGUGAUACUGUCGUCGGUAAAAUAUCUCCCUAUUUUUGUCAGCGUUAUGGUCUUUCAUCUGACUGUGAAGUGGUUGCAUUUACCGGCGAUAAUCUUUCAUCAUUAGCCGGUUUAUGCUUGCAAGCUGGGCAAGUUGCUGUAUCGUUGGGAACCAGUGAUACGGUUCUGUUUGUGUUGGAUCGUUAUGUACCAGCUCUGGAAGGCCAUCUUUUUAGGAAUCCAGUCUACCAAAGUGGAUAUAUGGCAUUCACUCGAAAUCGUGUACGAAAGGAAGUUGGAGCAAAAACGUGGGAUGACUUUGAGGCGCUGGUAGCCGAAACACCACCUGGAAAUAAUGGCAAUAUUGGUUUUUAUUUUGAUGAUAAUGAAAUAAUUCCUACUGUACGACGAGGCGACUAUCGGUUUGACAGCUCCAAAAAACAAGUGGCUACUUUUUCAAAAGAAGUUGAAGCCAGAGCAGUUUUAGAACACCAAAGUUUAGCAAAGCGUCUACACGCCGAAAAAUUAGGCAAUUGUUUUGUCGAAAAAGGGACUAUGUUGGUUACUGGUGGAGCGUCAAACAAUGCAACCAUAGCACAAAUUUUAGCCGAUGUGUUCAACUGCGAUGUUUACACCGCCGAGUCAACGGAUUCUGCAGCCAUUGGCGGCGCUCUCCGUGCACGACACGCAGCCUUCUAUAAGGGUUCAGAUUAUUUCAUCGUAUCUGAAGCAGCAGUUAUACGACAACUUGUUGCCUCUCCAAUACUUGGAAAUGUGGAGGUGUAUAAUGAAAUGAUAAAAAUAUAUGAGGAACUGGAGAAGCGCGUUAUGGCUGAUGCAGUCAUGGACAGAUUAUUAGCAAAUCGCAAAAUCUAA